AUGGUGCAACUACAUCGAUCUUUACGACAAACCUGGAUUCUCACUUGGAAAAACCUCCUUGUCUUCUACAAAUCGCCAAUUUCCUCUUUGAUCAAGGCACUUCUGGUCCCGAUCGCAAUAACGAUUGUAUUUUGUUUCCUCAAAGAAAUCAAGCUUGAAAAUGAGGGCUCCAACGGUAUCUCGCACACCGGAAGAACGGUCAUGGAUCUGCCCGACGCCAUUUCCAGGAGUUUAUCCCAACGGAUAGUCGUCGCCACGAAUGGGAUUCAGGAUACACAGUUGAACAAGACCAUUGCCGCAGUUUUUCAGGACAAAGGCAUGCAAUCGUUCGAUCUACAAGUUGUGGAUAACCCCAGCUUGCUAUUCGAUCGCUGUAAACAGUCCAUUCAUGGCACCAGUGACUGUUUUGCUGCUGUGGUUUUCACGGUCUUCAACAACACCCAUGCCAACUACAUUCUGGGCAUCGAUGAGGACUUUCUUGAGAACACCCCAUACAGCUAUACGCCGGGUCAAUCUGUUCUCUCUCAGCGCCUUCUGCCACUCAAAUGGGCUCUGGACUCUCACAUCGGUGGAUUUGAAGGUAGCAAACGACCGACCGAGAAGAUGUGGAGUGGAUAUUUCGACAAGGACGGGUCUAGCUAUUCGGAUAUGCCACAUUCAAUCUUCUGGCUCUCAAUUGUCUCAUAUUUUGCUGCACCUUUGUUUGUGUUUACCUUUCUAGUUUCCACUUACCAUAUGAGCAGUACUGUGGCUGGUGAACGACAAAACGGGGUCGUAGAUCUUCUCAUGGCCCAAGGGGUUACGAUCGCACCCCGUGUGUUUUCAAACUUUUUGUCUUUCUCCAUCCUCUACAUCCCCGGAACAAUCAUCUGCUCUAUCCUUCUGGGCGAAAUUCUCUUCAUGCGUACAUCUACUGGUCUGAUCUUUAUCCUCAUGCUUCUCGCCAGUCUCGCUCUUAUCAUCUGCGCUCACUUUAUUGGGUCUUUCUUUUCCAGGUCAUCCGUGGCCGGCAUGUGGACCUGCAUUUUAAUAUUUGCACUCGCUCUGGUGAGUAUAUCUCAAAGUCUAACACAGUUCAAAGAUCCGGGACAGAUGCUGGGGCUCUCCCUAGUAUUUCCACCCUACGCCUUCGCCACGCUCAUCCGUGAUAUUGCAACAACGGAGUACUCUCUGAGGGCCUUCCCCGACGCAGGAAUUACCAAACAAGUUCCUAACAUGGAUGGUUACCUCUAUUUUGCGUGUUUUCUUGUCCACAUCUUUGGCUAUGGUGCGUUAGUAUUUCUCGUCGAGCACCUGCGCUGGGGCGUUCCGCAGAGCCGAGAGUGGACCGAAACGUCAGAUGAGGUUGCGCUCCAACUGAGCAACUUAUCCAAGACUUAUUCUGGCGGCAAGCAGGCCGUCAAGGAUUUCAAUGCUGAAGUGCAAACUGGAUCCGUUACAUUCCUGUUAGGCCCCAACGGAAGCGGGAAAACCACUGCGCUGAAGUGUAUUUCGGGGGUACUCUGGGAUGUCCUCAGCGUGACAGAGCACGUUCGCCUCUGGACAAGUCUCAAGACCGCUGGGGGUGCGCCAAAUACUCAAGAUAUCGACGAUGUCAUUUCUGAGUGCGGUUUAACUGAAAAGGCCCAAUCUGCAGCUGGAACUCUCAGUGGAGGUCAAAAGCGGCGCUUGCAGUUGGCCAUUGCCUUCUCUGGUGGAUCGAAAGUGUGCUGUAUUGACGAAGCAUCAAGUGGACUGGAUCCGUUGUCUCGUCGCAACAUCUGGAACAUUAUCCAAGAAGGCCGUUGCCAUCGGACGACUAUUUUGACUACUCACUUUCUCGACGAGGCCGAUGUUCUCGCUGAUCAUAUUGUGAUCAUGUGCAAAGGUAGUCUAGUCUGCCAGGGAUCCAGUAUUGCCCUUCGCGCACAGUAUGGUGACAACUAUCGAAUUCGUCUUGAUGACGAGCAAGAAACAACCUGGAAAGCUGCAAGCUCUGCUGAGGCUACGAACAAGGUGAUCGAGCUGGAGCGUUUGCAACCCGACCUCGCUUGCCAUGUUACCUUCCCCACUUUAGAACAAGUAUUCUUGAGGACAACAUCGGAAUACGGCACCGCCGUUGAUGGAGAUGGUGGCGACGGCAUGGUUGGCGAGAAUCAAGAACCCACCGGAGACACCGAGGUUACAUUGGAGGACAAGAUUCUGGCGCUCGAGAGUGAAUAUACAGCCGUGGAGCUCAAUCUUGAUACAAGGCAGUCAGUAGGACUACUGUGGCAGAUCUGGGUUCUUUUUCGGAAGCGAUACCAGCUGCUAUAUCGGGCAUCGGGAAUCAUCGUUUAUGCGGUUAACCUUUUACUGCCCAUCAUUAUCGCUGCUGCAUUGACUAAGUACUUCUAUACCUGGGAUGCUUUGGUUACAUGUGAGGAAAGCUAUAACAAAUAUGCCAAUCCGGCUGGCAUGGAUAUACCUCCAUUUGACAACGCGUUAUACACUUCUACCUCGGGAGACAUUCUCGGACCUGCAAACCAGUUUCAGGGUGGGAUUCAAGAUGAUAUUUUUGCGGGGAGCAUCGGAAAUUCCCUUCAGGAUCGCACUUUCGUCAGUAGCGAAGACGAAUUUAACAACGCCGUAAGGACAUCUAUGGGCAAUGUUGGAUUUGGUUUAUACGCCUCAACUCCAGACUCCGCCAUAUUCUAUCACUCUGCGGACUAUUACUCUGCCGGACCUGGACUCAUGGGCUUUAGCCUUAUAACAAAUCGCAUUGCCAACUCGACUUCCGAUACCCGAGCUCGUCAAAUCACAACCGCACUUAGCACGAUGCGCCAUGUUAAUCCUGUGCAUAAUGAGCUUAAUAUGCCAGUUUCAAUUCUGAUUGUGAUUGUCUUCAUGGCAUCUGUGUCGACUGCCAUCAUCUAUCCUGUGUACGAACGAAUCUCAAAUGUGAGAGCCUUAGAAUACAGCAAUGGUGUCUCGCCCUUUGCUCUUUGGACAGCCUACCUUCUUUUCGAUAUGCAGUUUAUCAUUAUUCAAACCUUGAUCGUCUAUGGUCUUCUCUUUAUUAGACCAAUAAACACCGUCUGGUAUCGACCCGAUUGUAUUUUUGGCGCCUUUAUCCUUUUCGGAAUCUCAUCAUAUCUCGGAACCUACUUGCUUUCCAAGAUCAUCCGUCGCGGAAGCUUCGCGGCAGCACUCGGGAUUCACAUCCUCCUCUUCGUGCUAUACAUAAUUUCUUACAUAGCGGACGAAUUCGGGGGUUCUGCUGACACCCGGCAAUUCACCUACGACGCCCUCCAAGCUGGUCUCGGUCUAAUCGCCCCAGCCGCCAAUCUCGUCCGCGCGCUCUUCAUUGGCAUGAACACUUUUGACAUACUUUGCGGUAAUUAUGGCGACGCGGAUACCUCAUAUCCAUUCACAUACGUUCUAUACGGUGGUGUGUACGCCAACUUUAUGUACCAGAUCAUUUUCCUGGUCCUAGUUCUCGGCAUCCAUGAAUACGCCGGCACAGGCUGGUUCCGUUCUCUUAUCUGCUGGCGCCGCAAACUCCCGGCUAGGUUACACCACCAGGUGGACGAUGGUCUAACCUCCUUUGACAGCAGACGGGACAUCAUGCUUGAAGACAGCCCGGGUCGACCCAGCGUCGCUAGGAACAACAACAGGGAAUCUCCGAUCUUGAACGUUUCUCGCGUGAGUAAAUAUUUCGGUCGAUCUUUUGCUGCGCAGAACGUAUCAUUCAGCAUCUCCCCGAAUCAAACGCUUGCACUUCUGGGCGGAAACGGUGCAGGCAAAACUACAGUGAUCAACAUGAUUCGCGGCGAGCUCCGGCCGGAUUUUGGCGAUAUCUUUGUCAACGGGCUCUCGGUUUUGACGCAGCUUCGCAAAGCUCGGUUGAAUAUUGGAGUCUGUCCACAAGAUGACGCGGUUGAUAACCUGACAGUUCGUCAGACACUGGAAUUCUAUGCCACAGUGAAAGGCCUGCGUCGUGUGAAAGAGAAUGUGGAUCAAGUUCUGAUGGCUCUGGAUAUCACACAAUAUGCGAAGACGACUGCAAGAGCGUUGAGCGGCGGAACCAAACGAAAGCUAACAGUUGCUAUUGCCAUCCUCGGGAACCCACCUCUCCUCCUCCUAGAUGAGCCUUCCACAGGCCAAGACGCCUCCGCAAAGCGGAUCUUGUGGCGGACGCUCAAACGGAUCCGUGCGAACCGAGCCAUUUUACUCACGACGCAUAGCAUGGAAGAGGCCGAGGCGUUAGCGUCGCAAGUCGCGAUCAUGCGGACAUCAGUUCUAGUCUCUGGACCGCUGCAGACGCUGAAUGAUACAUAUGGAGGCGCGUUUCGGCUGCGAGCCGCACGCUGUGAAGGCGUGAGCGCCGAUGCUGCGCGUGGCAGUGCAAUCAAUGUCUUUACGAAACUCCACCUACCUAUAUUACGGUACGCAGAUGCGAGGGGUAUUGUCCAAUUCUUCAUCAAGUAUGAAAAGAGAGAUCUUGGGAAGAUUCUCUCUGCCAUGGAGCUCUUGAAGGGGGGUGGUAUAGAUAAAUCUGGAAACAAGGACGGUGACGGUUCAGCAGGGUCUGUUUCCGCUAUGAAGACGGGUGAUCUGAAGGUCUUUGACGACUAUACACUGAUUGAGCCCUCGCUUGAAGAGGUGUUUAUGAAUGUGGUGAAAAAGGGUGAUAUCACCCUCAGAAUGGCUGCUCGCGCCCCCUACAUUGUCCCCGCUCUCAAGAAGCACACCGCGACGGUGAUCAUGGCCCACGGUCUGGGCGACAGUGGCGCCGGAUGGAUGGCACUCGCUCAGAACUGGCGCCGCCGCGGCAUGUUCGACGAAGUCAAGUUCAUCUUCCCCAAUGCGCCAUCCAUUCCCAUUACAGUCAACAUGGGUAUGAGCAUGCCUGGCUGGUACGACAUCUCCAGCCUCGGCAGCGACCUUCGCUCCCAAGAUGAGCCCGGCAUCACCCGCUCUCGCGACUACUUCAACACCCUUAUCAAGGAAGAGAUGGACAGCGGCAUCGUGUCGACACGCAUUGUGCUGGGCGGUUUCUCACAAGGCGGCGCGAUGUCAGUAUUCACCGGCCUGACUGGCGAUAAGAAGCUGGGUGGUAUCUUUGGUCUGUCGUGCUACCUGCUUCUCAGCGAUCGGAUCAAGAGUUUUAUUCCUGAGCAGUGGGAGAAUAAGAAUACGCCUUUCUUCUUGGCGCACGGCGACGAGGAUGAUAUUGUUAAGCACCAGUACGGUAGCCAGUCGGCGGAGAAGCUUAAGGAGCUUGGUGUGACCGAUGUCGAGUUCAAUACUUACAGCAACCUCGGCCACUCGGCUGAUCCCGCUGAGAUCCAGGAUCUGGAGAACUUCUUCUCUAAGGUUAUCCCCGCCGAGAACGGCCAGUCGGCUGGUCUAUGA